AUGGUUAUGGCAGCUGCAGGUUGGGAUUUUCCUGCUGUUUUCUUGCUGCUGGUGGUGCUGCUGGCUGCUGUUGGCCGUUCCUGGGGGUUGGAAUGUGGGGAACACCAAUAUCCUUUCCGGGACAAAUGUUGCAGCGACUGUGCCCCGGGGGAGAGGAUGAGGAACCGCUGCACGGCCACGGCAGACACGGAGUGCAGCCCCUGCCAGGACGAGUAUUUCAGCAGCAAGUACCACCACAGCUUCUGCAGCAGCUGCACAGUCUGCAACACCAAGCGGGGCAGUGUGGAGGUGAAGAGGUGCGAGAAGACCUCGGACAGGGUGUGCGUGUGCCGGGCAGGGUUCAUGCCAGCUGGGCUGCCCCUGGGAAGUGUGUGCUCACCGUGUCCUGAGGGGACUUUCUCCCUGGGAAGGAAUGAGAAGUGUCAGCCUUGGACCAACUGCAGCAGCCUUGGGAAAAGCACCCUCCGAGCAGGGACAGAGGCCCAGGAUGCUGUUUGUGGCAGUCCUGGCCCGCUGCCAGAGAGGAGCCUCUACGUGACUCAGGUUUGCCAUGAGAGACCUCAGAAAGAGGUCCCUGGGACUGCAAGCCCUGCCUGGAGUCUCCUCACCACUUCCCACAUGGAUAACAGCUCCACUGCCACCAUCUCCACCCCACCCCAAGCCGGGGAAGGUCCUUCCAUCUGCCCCGAUCCCAGCGACCCCACAGACACCAACUGGGGCUCUCUCUCCCUUCUCCUGCUCUGUCUGAUCCUGCUCGUGGUGAGUGGAAUAUCCAUUCUCCUGCUGAUUAUCCAAGCAGCCAGAAAAGAGAACAAGGGGAGGCCUCGUGGAAGCAACAAUCAGAAGGACAGGAGCUGUCGAAUUCCUAUCCAGGAGGAACAGGUGGACUCCAAUUCCAGCCUCAUCAAGAACUGACUCCCCAU